AUCAAACUUGACAAGUAUCAACCUUAUAAGUAGAGCAACAUAUCACCGACUUAAUUGACCACCUCGCAAGCUACAGAACAUUCCUAGGCAGGAUAGAAUCAAAGACAGCAUUCACUUUUGUACCGGCACAAGGCUCCAAAACUGAACAGGUAUGGCAAUCCAGCGUUGUAAUGUUGACUGAGUACUGAGAUCCUCUGAAACAGAAGCCUCCAACAUGGGUAAUCCAAUGUUAUACGUUGCUUUCUAUCGACCCCGUGAAGGCAACUACCAGCAUUGGGCAUUGUACAUCAAUGACGGGAAUGACAGUAUCAUUUUUGAAGUCACUGGCUGCCAUCCUGAUUUCAAGCCCCAUGUUAUCGAUGCCCGCCCCCAGUCCUCGAAAAGCUAUCUUGGAAGCCUCGAGCUCGCUACUCUGCGCGACGACGACAUCGAGUAUAUCAAGGAGGCUGCCAAGGAAGUGAAAGUGGACAUCGAGACAGUUGAGUGGGACUGCCAGGACUAAGUGCUUGAUAUACUUGAUAAGCUAGAAGAUGAGUUCAUUUUGGAUAGAGACGACGAGGAAUAUCGUUAAGCUAAGGAGGAGCUGAAAGAGAAGAGAUGGCCGUCCCUCUAGAGG